UUUUUUCCUCGCCACCAGCCGCCACCGUGCGCCGAGCGGCCGCCGGAGCCCGAGCCGACCGCGCCUUGGCGCCUCUCCUGGAGUUACAAACUAAGGUCGGGCUGGCGCUCGGCGCGCCGGCCGCCAACUCCCUGCGUCCAUUCCCUCUGGCUUUCAGAGAAGACAGAGGCUCCGGGUUGGGUUUUCAUUUCCCCCCCUUUCCCUUUCUUCCCGUCACUGAUUUUUGUAAAUUCAUCUCUCUCUUUUUUAAAAAUAAUAAUUACCCCCCAAUAAUUGAGGCCCAUCCCCCGCCCCUCCCCCAACCCUCCCCCGCCCGCCGGGGCUGGGGAGUGCCACGAAUUGACCCAAGUGAAGCUGCAACUUUACGGCAUCAAUUGCCGGGUGCCGAACCAUGUCGCUGACCAACACAAAGACGGGAUUUUCCGUCAAGGACAUCUUGGACCUGCCGGAUACCAAUGAUGAGGAGGGCUCGGUGACCGAGGGGCCGGAGGAGGAGACCGAGGGACCGGAACCCGCCAAGAGGGUCGGGCCUCUGGGGCCGGGCGCCCUGGACGCCGUGCAGAGCCUGCCCCUGAAGAGCCCAUUCUACGACAGCAGCGACAACCCCUACACGCGCUGGCUGGCCAGCACCGAGGGCCUCCAGUAUUCCCUGCACGGGCUGGCGGCUGGCGCACCCCCUCAAGACUCCAGCUCCAAGUCCCCCGAGCCCUCGGCGGACGAGUCCCCGGACAAUGACAAGGAGACCCCCGGCGGCGGGGGGGACGCGGGCAAGAAGCGGAAGCGGCGGGUGCUCUUCUCCAAGGCGCAGACCUACGAGCUGGAGCGGCGCUUCCGGCAGCAGCGGUACCUGUCGGCGCCCGAGCGCGAGCACCUGGCCAGUCUCAUCCGCCUCACCCCCACGCAGGUCAAGAUCUGGUUCCAGAACCACCGCUACAAGAUGAAGCGUGCCCGAGCUGAGAAAGGUAUGGAGGUGACGCCCUUGCCCUCGCCGCGUCGGGUCGCUGUGCCCGUCUUGGUCAGGGACGGCAAACCGUGCCAUGCGCUCAAAGCCCAGGACCUGGCAGCCGCCACUUUCCAGGCGGGCAUCCCUUUUUCGGCCUACAGCGCGCAAUCGCUGCAGCACAUGCAAUACAACGCUCAGUACAGCUCGGCCAGCACCCCCCAGUACCCGACAGCACACCCCCUGGUCCAGGCCCAGCAGUGGACUUGGUGA